AUGGACAGCUCUCCCGCCUCGCCUUUGGCCCCCAGGGAUCCCAGCUCCCCUGAAUCUUCGAUCGGCGAACAAAUCGCCACUCUACAGGCCCAGCUUGCCGCUCUGCAGGCCUCGCAACCCGCCGCCGCCGCAGCCGCCGCACCCCCGGCCGUCACCAUCGUGCCGGGGAACGCCGCCACCGCAUCCAAGGUCGUGUUUCCCAAGCACGCUCGUCUGGACGACCCCAAGUCGUUCACCAACUGGUUGCGUCAACUCCGUCUUGCACUCCCGAACCAGGUUCGUGGUUACGUUCUCGACGGUGUCGUUCCCCCGACCUGGACCGCCGACCAGCUUGCCGCACGUGACGACGCCGCCCGGGAAAUCAUCGUUGGCUCUAUCGACUCCGCCGACGUAUCGGCCACCCUCGACGCCAUCCCCAGCGACGACCUGUCGGCACCGCGCAUCUUUGCCGCUCUCAAGGCUCGUUUUGCACCGGACGACGCUACACGCACUCUCGAGUUGUUCGCUCGCCUUUGGGACUUCAGGAAGAUGCCUGCCUCCGUCGAGGCCUACGACACUUGGCUACGCGAGUACAUGUCGAUUGCUCAGGAAAUACGCGACGCCAAAACAUCGCUCAACGACGUGCUCGCCACCCACGUGCUCGCCAUGGUCCCGUCUUGCCUCGACAGCUUCCGACUCACGUUCACGGACGAGCAGCGAAACCGACGCGACCUUCCCGAACUCACGACGCUUACGGACCGCAUUCGCAUCCAGCUUCGUUCGGCAGGACUCUCGACCUCGCAUUCGGCCAUGCUUGCCACGCGCUCCCCUUGCCCCGCCUGCCGCGCUCCCGGUCACCGCCUGCGCGACUGCACUUCACGUGCGAAGCACCCGCCCACCGGCCCCUGCCGCCGAUGCCACAAGAAAGGUCACUGGGCACUCGACUGCAAGAACCGGGGUGAACAGGCACGUAGCAGCGACGACACCCAGGACGACACGUCUUCCUCCGCGGCCUCGCAACCGAACGUCGGCUAUUUCGCCUCCUGUCUCUUCGCUCGUCGCCAACUCCCAACUGACGCCUUUGUAGUCGAUUCGGGUGCCACGACACACAUGGUCGCCGACCGAUCUCUAUUCACGACUUAUCGUCAGACGGCACACACCAAGAUCGGCGGCAUCGCGGGCGGCAUCACGGCUAUCGGCAUGGGGGACGUGGCAUUCGUCGCCAAGACUGGACACCCGAUCACGCUCCGUGGUGUUCUUCACACGCCUGGCCUACACGUCAACCUCCUCUCUGUCUCUCGCCUCUGCGACACCGACCGCGUUCGUCUCGCCUUCACCAGCGACGGCAUCGACAUCGCCAAGGACGGCCGGGCCAUUGCUCACGGUACCAGGGUCAACGACGGUCUUUACCUUUUGGACGCGGAUCACACCAAGUGUCAGCAUCUUGCCUUCCUCUCACGCUCUGAGUCUCCCGUGCCCCUGCUUACCCUACACCGCUGCCUCGGCCAUCUUGCCCCAUCCUCUAUACAGAAGAUGAUUGCUGCAGGUUUGCUGGACGGGUUUGGGGCCGGGUACAGUGACAAAGACGUAGAGGAGUUUGUUUGCAAUGCUUGCCUUGGUUCCAAAGGUCACCGCCUUCCCUUUCCCGACUCUGAGUCGCAUUCCGCCGAGAGACUUGGCCUCGUGCACAGCGACGUCCUGUCGUUCCCCACUCCGUCCUUGACCGGGAAGCGCUACCUUGUCACGUUUCUAGACGACCACUCUCGCAAACUCUGGGCAUAUGCGAUCGAUCACAAAAGCGAUGUUUUCCCGACCUUCCAGACUUGGCUCGCCGAAGUGGAGUUAGAGACGAACGCGCGGUUGAGGAUCCUUCGAACCGACAAUGGCGGGGAGUACCGAUCAAACGCAUUCACGGAGUUCUGCAAAUCCAAGGGCAUUCGUCGUCAAUACUCUAUCCCUUACACGCCUCAACAAAACGGUCGCGCCGAACGUGUCAACCUCUCCAUCGUCGAGGGCGUCCUCGCUCUCCUUGCGGACGCCCGUCUGCCGGCCACCUUUUGGGAUGAAGCGGCUGCGUAUUUCGUUUAUUGCAAAAACAGGUGCUCACACUCAGCUUUGGCCAAACAGACUCCAGAAUCCGUUUGGAACGGCCAACGCACCACCGCCACCGCCCUCCACCCGUUCGGCUGCACAGCCUGGCUCACGGUCGCCCCGGACCUUCGCAGCAAGCUCGACCCCAAGGCCGCGCGCGUGAUCUUCACAGGUUACGACCUCGCCUCCAAAGCUUUCCGUUUCUUUGACCAUUCCAUCAACAAGAUUGUACUUGGUCGCAAUGCCACCUUCCUCGACGACGACUUCCCCGGCCUGCCAGUCACCACGCCCGUCGAUGCAGACGACACCGACCGUCAGUUCGUCGUUCCCGCCGACACGCCCGCCCCUGCCGUCAAGACGAGGACCCCACUAGUAAGGUCGGCGCACAUGGACGUCUCAUCCUCCCUUGAUGAUUCUGCCAUGAGCGCCGUUGACGUGGCCCCAGGGUACACUGGCGGAACCUUACUUAAUUCCACAGAUACCGAAUCGUCCUCGUCACCGUCUCCUGAGCCGUCCUCGUCACCGUCGCCCACAAACCCUUUGUCACCGUCGCCUGCGCUGUCACCGUCGUUGGCAGCGUCAUCGUCACCCUCGGUCUCACCGACCGACUCUGACUACUCCGCCGACCCUCUGGACCUCAUCGGCUCACAGACCCCGACUCGCCUUGGCCCACCGGACGUGCACCGCCCAGACUUCAGCACGUACCGUGAGCCCGCAUCGGCUGAGGAGUCGCCCGACGAACUCGACAUCAUUGGGCGUCACUCACGCGAUGAAUCGCCGGAUGAAAUCGAUUUCCUCACCCAACACCACCGCGCCUUCAUCGCCACAGACGACGACGACCCCACCCUCGACGCCAUCGAGCCCGUCAAAUCGAUCACUAGCGACCCCCAGACCUGGCGCGAAGCAAUGUCCAGCGACGAGCACAACAUCUGGGCUGAGGCCGCCGCCGCCGAGUUCACCGCCAUGCGCGACGACUUCAAGGUGUUCACCAUCGAGCCUCGCUCAUCUGUACCGCCGGGCGCCACCAUCGUCACCUCCAAAUUCGUCUGGAAGACCAAGCGCAACGCAAGCGGUGAAGUCACGGGGCGGAAGGCACGUCUUGUAGCGCAGGGUAACCGACAGCGCGACGGCAUCGACUUCUCAGAAACCUUCGCACCCGUCGCCCGUUUCUCCUCCAUUCGCUGCCUCCUGGCUCUUGCCGCUGCCAAUGGCUACCACGUUCAUCAGGCCGACAUCGACAAGGCUUACCUCCACGGCGAGCUCGAUCAUGAUAUCUGGAUGACGACACCACGCGGUUUCGACUUCCCGAGCGAUAAGGUUCUCCGGCUGCGACGCUCAAUCUACGGUCUCAAGCAGGCCGGUCGCAUCUGGAAUCGUCACAUUGACACAUCACUCAGGAAUCUGGGGUACAAGGCAACAGGCACUGAUCACUGCAUUUACUCUCGCAUUGACGAUCAGCAGCGGCCUCACUAUAUCGCCUUGUAUGUCGACGACCUCCUCAUUGUCAGUCCAGCCCUCGACGAGAUCGAACGUGUCAUCUCCGGCCUUGAACAGCGGUACGGCGUCAAACGACUCGGCCCCGCGGAGUACAUCCUCGGAAUCCAAAUACGCCGCCUGGACGACGGUUCCAUUGCUCUAUCCCAGGAGCGCUACAUCAUGGACGUGCUGGCCCGUUUCCACUUCGACACCACGACACGCGGCACUACGGUGCCGAUGACGCCCGGCCUCUCGCUCACGGCAAUUCCGGGUCAGGGAACGGAGCGCAUUCGUUCGUGGUACCUACAGGCCAUCGGCUCCCUCCUCUACAUCUCCCUUGGCACUCGACCCGACAUUGCCUUCGCCGUCUCGUACCUGUCCCGGUUCGCCAACAACCCCGGCCGCCGCCAUUGGAUUGCCGUCAAACACGUCCUUCGCUACCUUCGCGCCACGUACCGCGAUGAGCUUCUCUAUGCCCGCGGCCCAGCAAAAGUCACGGGUGUGGUUGGUUAUUCUGAUGCGAACUGGGGCGCCUGCGUCGACACAUCCAUUUCAACGAUGGGCUACGUAUUUUACUUGGCAGGCGCCGCUGUCUCUUGGUCGUCGAAGCGUCAGACUCGGGUAGCGGAUUCCACCACUGAUGCCGAGUACCUGGCCUUGUCGCACGCGGGUAAGGAAGCGAUCUACCUUAACCAACUCCUCUCCGAGCUCCACGUUUGCCCAAUCGCUGCAGCUCACAUCUUCACCGACAACGAGGCCGCGGCCGCCGUCGCUCACGACCCCGUUCGCACCUCCGGCACCCGGCACAUUCGCCUCCGCGAGCAUUUUGUCCGUGACAUGGUCAAUCGAGGUGAUAUCUCUCUCUCACACGUUGGCACAGCAGACAUGGUUGCGGACGUAUUCACCAAGGCGCUAGGCCCCAAGAUUUUUGGUACACAUUGCUAUGCUCUAGGCCUCCGGACGCGACAUCCACGGCUCAAGUCUACCUCGCGUUCGCGUGGGGGGGGGUGUGAGGAAUCCACUCUCCGCUCGGCUCAGGACUUAGGCGCGCGGAGCGAACCGGGCGCGGACUUAGGCGCGCGGAGUGAGCCGGGCGCCCCGGCCCAGGACUUAGGCGCGCGGAGCGAGCCUGGGCCAUUGGCUCAGCCCCAGGCUCGCUGGCUGUGGACUUGGGGCGCGCGGGUCUCUUAUUGUUAG